CAUUAUGAUUAUUUUAAUAAACAAACAAACUUCUGGUCAAAUUUACUAUUGAAGAAAAAUUCUUUUACAAAUUGGCUGUGAUUUCUGAUCAAGAGAAUAAAUAUGUUUUCUGUGUAUAUCCAGACAAUGUAAACAAUCAAAUUUGUUUCAAUUCUCAAGACUCACUUUAUAUCCAAUUUCUUAUUCGAAGUUGUCAAAAAUGUUGUAAACGACAGAUUUUGAGAACAUCCCCCCAGCUUGAUUUGUGACAAUCAAUUUUAGCUCUGUUAAUCUAUAUAAUUAUAUCAUGUGCCAAAUCUCUACCGAUUCGCCCAAUUAUUUAUAUUUAUGUGAAUUAAAAAAUGAUUUACGUUGUAUUCAUUUUAAAUUAUUUAACAAAAAUAUAUUUGAAAAUCUGUAUCUUCUUAUUACCGACUGGUAAAAUGUGUGUGAUGGCGCGGUAAGAUAAAGUAAUAGUUAUUACCGCUAGAUGGCAAUAAAUGUUUAACCAGUCGAUAAAAUAAAUUAAUAAUUAUUACCGGUAGGUAAAUGGCGGCACAUACUUUAUAUUAGGAGUUCAUACAAAUAUAUACAUUUUGUUAGUUUCAGUCAAUAUCUAGCAAUGUUUUCAAACUCCUAGUAAGAUAUACAGAAAUAAAUUGAAUACAUAUUGAGAACUGCAUAUUUUGGAAAAAACAAGGAUGCAUUACUUCUGCUAUUCUUUUGAUAGAAUACUACGGCCUAUGGUUUUUUCCCAGAAAAAGAUAUAGGUAUCGGCGCUAUUGUAGACUACUACAACUACAACUUCAUCUAUGUGAAAUUUCAAUUGGUAUUUGCACCAAGUUUAAAGCCACAAUGAAUCUUCUCAUGGACUAUUACAAGUGUGGCAAAUUUCAAAAAAAUAGGAGGGGAGACGAUCGCACGACACAUCUUCUUCACCUUGUUAGAAAAUAAUGGAGGGGAUCGUCUCUCUCAACGCUUGUAGUAUAUGUGGAUGUAAAGGGUAAAGCAUAUACUAUAUCUCUUAUAAGUAAGAGCUGACAAACCGAAUGGUUCAGUAAACUAAAGGUUACCAUGACGGACGGUAAGCAGAAGAUUCGUAUUGGUAUCGUAGGUGGUGGAUUGGUAGGAGCAUUAGCUGCUUGUUACUUUGCUAAGAGAGGACAUUCGAUUUCUGUUUACGAAUAUCGUUCAGAUAUUAGAAAGGAAAAGUUGGUGGGUCAAAGUAUAGAUUUAGCUUUAUCAAUACGUGGCCGAGAAGCUUUAAGAGCAGUAGGUCUCGAGGAUGCUCUUGUUAAUCGACACGGUAUUCCUAUGAAAGGUAGAAUGCUACAUGAUAGAAAAGGCCAAUUGAAAGAAAUGAUUUAUGACAGCGUUAAAGGAAAUUGCAUUUACUCAGUCAACAGACAACAUCUCAAUGAAAUUUUACUUAACGCUGCAGAAAAGUAUUCUGAAGUACAGCUCUACUUUAAUUCGAAAGUAAUCGACGCUGAUGUCGAGCAAGGAAAAUUAACAAUUUUUAAGUAUGUAUGUAUUACGAAGAAUCAAAGGACGGAAGAAGUAAAUAUAGAUCUAAUAAUCGGAGCAGAUGGUGCUUAUUCUACCAUACGAAAGAUCUUUUUGAAAAGACCACUUUUUAAUUAUAGUCAAACUUACAUCGAACAUGGAUACGUUGAAUUAUUUAUUCCAUCUGGAAAAAAUAACGAGUUUGCAAUGAGUGGAAAUCAUCUUCACAUUUGGCCAAGAGACGAGUUUAUGAUGAUAGCAUUACCAAACGAGGAUCACAGUUUUACUGCUAAUCUCUUCGCACCUUUUAGUACUUUCGACAAAUUGAAAACGCCUGAAAAUUUAAUCACUUUUUAUAAGAAACAAUUUCCCGAUGUAUUGACAUUGAUCGGCGAAGAAAUAUUAGUUAGAGAUUAUUUCAAAAAACAACCGCAAACUUUGAUAUCGAUUAAGUGUAGACCAUUUCACGUUGGUAAAACUGCCAUUUUGGUAGGAGAUGCUGCACACGCUAUGGUACCAUUUUACGCUCAAGGAAUGAACACUGGAUUCGAGGACAUUUUAUUGCUGGACAAUCUAAUGGAAAAAUACAAUUCGAAUUUAAUAGAAAUUCUUCCAAAAUUUUCCGAACUUCGAUGUAACGAUGCAGAAGCGAUAUGUGACUUAGCAAUGUAUAAUUAUAUCGAGAUGAGACAUUUAGUACAGACAAAAUCUUUUGUUUUGCGUCGACAUUUCGAUACUUUUCUAUAUAAAUUUAUUCCAAAUACUUGGAUACCACUUUAUAAUACAGUACAUUUUAGUCGAAUGAGUUUCCAAGAAUGUAUUACUAAUAAAAAAUGGCAAGAUAAGGUAUUGCAAAGAAGUUUGUGGUACUUAGGAUCAGCGUUAACUGCUGCUAUUUUUGCUAUUUUAUUUUCAAACAUUUAUUUUGAACAAAUGAGAACAACGAUUUAAGCUGGACUAUGCAACAAAUAUUGACAGAUAUUUUAUAACUAAUUUUGAUACUCUUCGUAAUUACGAUUAACGAGAAACUAACAUUACACAUGUAAUCGUAAUUAUUUGUUAUUAUCAAUUAAUGAUUAAAAAUAAUAUGAAAAAUA